UUGUCUUUUUAAGGAGAGUCGAUGAUGUCCAACUCUCUAUAUCCAAUAAAGUAGACCGAUCAGGCAUUAUAUACACACGUGACUAAUUUCUUCCAUGGCCUCUUCUUCAUCCUCUUUUUCAGUCACAUCUCCAUGGCUCUAUGAUGUCUUCUUGAGCUUUAGAGGAGAAGAUAUCCGUGAUACUUUUAUUGCCCAUCUUAACCAUGCUUUGAUGGAAAAGGGAAUCCGUACCUUCAUAGAUGAGGAUGAAGUUAAAAGGGGUGAUGAGAUUUCACCAGUACUUCUCCAAGCCAUAGAAGAUUCAAAGACUUCCAUCAUUGUACUCUCAGAAAAUUAUGCAUCGUCAACAUGGUGUUUGGAUGAGUUAUUGAAAAUUCUUGAGUGUAAAAAGUCAAGGCAACAACUAGUUCUACCUGUGUUUUACCAUGUAGAUCCAUCAUACGUUCGAAAGCAAGAGGGAAGUUUUGGGAAAGCAUUGGCUAAACAUGCUGAGAAAUUGAAUGUAGACAUGAAGAAGUUGCAGCUGUGGAAGGAAGCCCUUCAAGAAGUUGCAAAUUUGUCCGGAGACCAUUUGACAAAUGGGAACGAAGCUAAAUUCAUUGAAGGAAUCGUUCAAGACAUCUCAAGAUUUAUAGAAAGUCAUUCAUAUUUACCUGUUGCGAAGUAUCCGACUGGCUUAGACUCCCAGUUACGGGAUAUCAUGAAUUUGCAUUUAAGUGUUGGGACAAAUGACGUACGAAUGGUAGGUAUCUUAGGACUUGGGGGAAUUGGUAAAACAUCUCUAGCCAAAGCAAUUUGGAACUCGAUUGCUUUCCGAUUUGAAGCUAGUUGUUUUCUUGCAAAUGUCAGUGACCAUUCAAAUCGAGGGCGUGGUUUGGUGCGAUUGCAGGAGACCCUUUAUUCUAAGAUCUUUAGAGGUCGAAGAAGUUUGGAGAUUGAUAGCAUUGAUUCAGGAAUAAAUAUAAUAAAACGCAUUCUUCACUCUAAGAGCGUUCUUUUAAUUCUUGAUGGUGUAGACCACAUCACCCAAUUAGACACAUUAGCAGGAGCUUGUGAUUGGUUUGGUGAGGGAAGUAGAAUCAUCAUCACAGCAAGAGAUCAACACUUGUUGACUGCUCAUGGAGUUGAUUCAACAUACAAGAUGAAGUUAUUGAAUUAUCAUGAUGCUUUACAACUAUUUUGUUGGCAUGCUUUCAAACAACAGAAACCGGUUGAGGGUUAUGAUAAAUUUGUAGAACAAAUCAUAAGUUAUGCUGGGAGCCUUCCACUAGCUUUAACGGUGCUUGGUUCGGAUUUAUAUGGUAGAAGUGAAAGUGAGUGGAAAAGUUCACUGGAUAAGUACAAGCAAAUCCCUCACCAAGAUAUUCAAAAAAUACUUCAAACAAGUUAUGAAAGAUUAAGUGAAGAAGAAAAGAAUGUUUUUCUUGACAUUGCAUGUUUUUUCAAUGGACAAUUACAGCUUGAUGAUGUCAUUAUAAAGAUACUAGAUAGUUCUAGUUUUUGUCCAAACUUUUCAAUCCCAAGGCUUAGGGAGAAGUGUCUUAUUUCGGAGUUUGACGGAAGAUUGCAAAUGCAUGACUUGUUACGAGAUAUGGGUAGAGAAGUUGUUCGACAAGAAUCGCCUGAAAAUCCAGGAGCACGUAGCAGAUUAUUCUUUUAUAAAGAUGUUCGCGAAGUACUGGAGGAUGAUACAGGAAGAAAUAAAGUUGAAGCAAUUGUUAUUGAUUUUCCUGAAGGUGAUGAAAUCAUCCACUUGAGUCCCAACGCCUUCAAGAAUAUGAAAAGACUCAGAUUAUUUAGAUGCAUCAAUGCAUACUUUUAUGGCGAACCUAAUUGUCUACCUAAUUCAAUAAGAGUGCUUGAUUGGCUUAACUGUCCUUUACAAUCUAUGCCAUCUGAAUUUCGUGGAGACAACCUCUUUAUUCUUCAAAUGGUCGGUAGUCACAUCCAGGAGAUAUGCUUUGAAUUUAAGGUGUUCAGAGAGUCGGCAACUUUAGUCUUUUUUUUUUCUCUUUCAUCAUCUCUUUCCUCUUCACUUUCUCUUUCCUCUUCUAUCCGAAAGCAAACUUUUUUCUCUCUUCUUCUCCUCUUCGUCUUCUCUCUUCUCUACAUUUUCGCUCUUCUUUUCUUUUGUUCUUCAUGUCUUCACUCUUUCUAUUCAGAUUUAUUUUUCCAGUGUCGACUUUUUUUCCUUUAUUUUUUUCUAUUCAAAUUUAUUUUUCCAAUGCCACCCUCGAUGUCACCGAACAAAGGCCAUCGCCUCCCAAUCUCCUCCACUGCGCCUUAGAUGCUGCGGAUUUGGACCCACUGUAGCUCAACACUCAAAUCUACCACCCACUGCAGCUUACCACUCAGAUUAACCAUGGAUCUCAACCAGCCCCUCAGAUUCAUUGUUGCCCUCUCUUUUUCACUUAUACACAGUCGUCGUCAUCCUCCACAAAUCACCGAUCAUACACUUUUGGGCCAUUGGGUUGCAUUUGAGUUCUGUUUUGUGGUAUUGAGAUCUUUACUGAUGACGGAGAAGAGAAGGCUUUGUUCUCCUUGUGGAUGGCAAUCAUGGUAGAAGUCGUCAAGCUAUUGGUCUCCAUCAUCGACUUUCAGCCCUUUUCUCUAGAUCCGCUUCAGAUCUGUUUGGAAGCACGUGCUCAUAUUUUUGUAUAAACAUCCAAGAGGAAUGAUUUUUUUUUCCGGUGUAUUUGCAAGUGUGGUUGGCGCUGAGCUGUUGGUCUCCAUAACCGACUUUCAGCCCUUUUCUCUAGAUCCGCUUCAGAUCUAUUUGGAAGCAUGUGCUCAUAUUUUUUGUAUAAACAUUCGAGAGGAAU